AUGUCCAGUACCUCUACCGUCGAAUUCUCCAAUUUGCCCACCGAUGCAAUUGGUAAAAUCAUUGAGAAAUGUGAUCUCAAAGAGCAAUUGACUCUCCGAAAAGUGUCGAAGGACCUGCGUUCUCUUGUCGAUGAACAUAAACUUGCAUACAAAUCGAUCGCGAUCAUUUCGAAUGAUUCGUAUAUCACUUGUGUGUAUAACAACAAUAAGGUUACGUAUGCGAGAAAGAAUUGGGACGAAAUGUUUGAGGCGAAUGAGCAGGAGGAACUUGGUUUGGCUUAUGAGGAAUCUUGCAUUCUUAGAAGCAACGAUCACGUGAAAACCGCCAUGAAUGAUAUCUCGAUUGCACUGAAUAAUCCAAAACUGCGAUUGGAUGAGCUCACAGUCAGCUUUCAGUCCAAUAAUAGAAUGAGACGAUUCAGAUUGAAUAGCCUUCUGAAACAACUGAAUCACCAAAUACACGUCAAAGCAUUGACACUCCGUGCGGGAUCCCCUAAAUACCUUCUAUCGGUUCUUCGCUGCCUCAAACCGAAAGUGCUUGUGGAUAUCGAAAUCAUCGAAGGAUACAGUGACGAUUGGGCACCGGAACGAGCAUCGAAAAGUCUCAACGAAAUCGCGAGUCUGGAGCAAUGGAAGCAAGCAGAAGAACUCACUGCUCAAGAUUGUUUCGAUUACUUCCCAUCCGAAUGUCGCUUGCAUUUCAAACGUUUUACGAUUUUAUUUCGGGAAGUCACAGAGCAAUUCUUGAUAGAAAUCAGAGAUUUAUUCUCCACGUCUACCAACUUCGAGUCUUGCACUGUCGUAUCAUACGGUCUCCGCGACUACCCUGAUUACCUAGAAUCGUUUUGUGAAAAAGUGGAAUCUGGAGAAGAAGUCAUCUACCACUACAAGAUUCCAGAUGAGUCGAAUAAAAUGUUGGAGUUCAAAAAGCUUUCGAAAUAUGUCGACCACCUCCACCCUCAAAUCGAUAUUUAUGGGAUCGAUAUGUUCUGGAUGCAGAAUUUCGGAACCUAUAAUAUCAUACAGAUGGAUCAGUACAACAAGGCGAAACUCGUCAGAAUCAUGUUCUCCACUGGAUUCUUUCUCUUCGAUCGAAUCUCCGACGCCGUUUUGUGUGGAUUCAAGUUCUACUGUCUCACUAUGGACACCCUGUUCAGCUUGAGAAAUAUAUUCUCGCGCUCUCCAACAUUCAAACACUGUAACAUCGAGUGCGUCUAUCUUCCACUCAUCGAAGAACUCGCCGUCGAAUUGGGUCUUCGUCUGGAACCGGGGAAUUAUCUUCCAGUAUUCUAUCAAUAUCUCAUCCCAGACUCUACCGACGUUUUGAUCUACGAAUUCUGGAUGGAUCACAUCGAAAUUCGUCGUGUUUCAUACAUGGAAAUGCUCUAA